CAUUUACCUAAGCAAGAAAUAAAUCAAACCCGGGUCGGUAAAUGAGAGUGAUCUCAAUUUAAAUAUUAUCAAGAGUGUGUGUGUGUGUGCAUUCAUGCAUGUGUGUGUGUGAAUACAUAGGGGUAGAGGGGGGUGUACAUGACACUUUCUUAACAGUCAUUACCAAGAUCAAAUCAACAUGUGGCCGUUACUACAGUUGGUAGGGUGAAGGCUGUCACAUGGUGCAUUUCCUCUCUGGCACUAUAACGAACACAAACCCCAUUUCCUCACCAGUCUUCCUCAGUCACAAUAUCUGUACCUUUAUCUGCAACAGACACACACACACACACACACACACACUUGCCUUUGCUGCCUCGCUGCGCUUGUUGGAGGUGACAGACCACCCAGUCAUGACGGGGAAUUCCAGCAGGACCCAUCUCGACAAUGCCACACUGUCAUUGUUUCAGAAUGUGAACACCAGCAUUGCCAUUUCUAUCAUCUACAUGAUUGUAACAGGCAUUAACCUGGUGGGAAACGGCUUGUCGAUGUGGCUUCUCCUCUUUCGUACAACACCAAAGACUCCUUCCAUUAUCUUCAUGAUAAACCUCACGCUCACUGACCUGGCUCUUGGCACUGCCCUGCCCUUUCAGAUCUCCUACCAGCUCCAUGGAUACAACUGGACUCUGGGGUCCAGGAUGUGCAGCUUCCUGACCCUUGUUUUCUACACCAAUAUGUACUGCUCCAUCCUGACCAUGAUGGCCAUUGGUAUUGAUCGCUACAUGGGCAUUGUCAAGCCUAUGUCAUUCAGAAAGAACAAGCGGAAGGCUGUUGCAAUCUUCAGCUGCUUUCUGAUGUGGAGUUUGGUGCUGAGCAUCCUGCACCCUCUCAUGACCACAGACCUGACGUUUGAAAUCCCUGAACUCAGGAUCACCACUUGCUUUGACGUUCUGAAAAAAGCCAUGCUGCCAUCUGUGGCAUCAUGGUCUGCUUUCCUUUUCAGUUUGGUGUUUGCCCUGUUCCUGUUCCCCUUCUGUGUCACAACAUUCUGUUAUGUCAGUGUCAUACGCAAGCUGGCCCGUGAUUCUAAGACAGCCCAGAAAAAGAGGGCGAUUCGUCUGGCUUUUGUUGUCCUCUUGGUCUUUGUGCUAUGCUUUGCUCCAAACAACAUUCUCUUGCUGGUUCACAGUGUGCUAAGACUCUUCUUUGAUAAAUCUGUGUACAUGGCAUACAAACUCUCUCUUUGUUUAAGCUGUCUUAACAGCUGUUUGGACCCUUUUAUUUACUACUUUGCUUCUAAAGAUUUCAGAAUGAAGUUGAGAGAGAUGGUGAAUCUGCCGAGCGUGACUAGUGCAGACUCCAUGAAGAUGGAGACGUUGUACUCUGGACAAUGAGUUAAUUGUUCUUUAACACUGCAGUCAUUAGCAUAACAAUUCAACAAAGGUGGAUUCAAGAAAGGAAGCGUGUGAGAGAGCCUGAAAGCUGGUUGAGCUCUUACAAAAUAUUGGUAUUUCAAAAUCACCUAAAGAGUUGAGUCAUAGAACAAAGGAAGGUGCUCUGAGCAGAAGGAUCAGUGCUGCACAUUUGCUUUUUACAUUUAAGAGAAAAAGUUUUUUUCUAAUGUGAAUUUAAUUUGAUUUAACCUCAUUUUCACCCAAAAUAUGGAGCAAUACCAGCAGUGAAUUAAUGUAAAUAAACUGUGUAGCCUUGUAUAGCCAGAUUAAGCUAAUGUUUUAUUAUUUUAUUAUGAAUGUUUAAAAAUGUCUUUGUUCAUCAAACUGUCAUUAAUGUUUGUUGAAGUUGCUAUAAUAAAAUCUUGUUGAAUAUUGUUA